AUGGCUAAACAAGAAUAUAACUUUCCAGCGUUCGAUGACCUGCCAAAGGUGAAGGAUAUGCCACAAGGCAGCAUAUGGGGUUUCUUCGACAAGAAUGGAGAGAAAGACGAAGUCGGAACUAUCAACCUUCUCACUUCGGAUGUCGUGAAAGCCGCUUCCAAGGAGAUCAGCACCGGCGAGCACAUCCAACUUGAUUGGGAACUUCACAACGUCCAGUUUCCAGGCUUCAACCGAAAAGAAUUGGAGCAAAAGCAGAUCGACUUUGCAGAAUUCUCCAACUUCUGCGCUAAUGAUGAUGAGCUUCACAUCAACACGCAAGCCGGCUCGCAGUGGGAUAGUCUAAAGCAUUUCGCGCAUCAAGCGAGCGGCAUGUACUACAACGGUCUCUCACACAAGGAGGCAGCUAAGAGCGUCACGAACGGUACGCACAAGUGGUGUGAAAGAGGUGGUAUCGUUGGAAGAGGUGUUCUAUGUGACUGGCUGAGUUGGUAUGAAGAGAAGAAGGGGAAAGCACCAAGCCCGGUAUCGAGACAUGAGAUUCCAAUUGAGGAGAUAGAAGAGACGCUAAAGUGGCAAGGCACUACGCUGAAGCAGGGUGAUAUUAUGAUGAUACGAAGUGGUUACGUGAGAUGGCAUAACAAUGCGAACGAAGCGGAGCGCAAGAGUGGUACGCGUGAUAACAGUGUCGCCAUCGGACUUCAGGCCAACGAGCAGACUGUCAGGUGGCUCUAUGACCGUCACUUCUCCGCGAUCGUUGGCGAUACUGUUGCUUUCGAAGCCUGGCCACCGAAGUUCGAGGAGGGGUGGUGCCUUCAUGAAUGGCUCCUCGUUCACUGGGGUACCGCUAUCGGUGAGAUGUGGGACCUCGAGAAGCUUAGCCAAAGGUGCAAAGAGAUGGGCAGGUAUACCUUUUUCUUGACCAGUGCGCCACUGCAUGUUAGGGGCGGCAUCGGAAGCCCACCAGGAGCUAUCGCUAUCUUUUAG